UCAGCCAUGGACCAUGAACAGACACAGCCUCUGCACUCACCGCCUCAAGCCAUCAUAACACCCUCGCCUGCGUUAUCGCAGACAUCCACCAUCUUUGACUCCACACCACGACCUCCACGCCAACGAGCAACCUUCGCUCGGCUGGCUCCCGUGGACGAUGGACAGUACACAGUGAUCAAGAACCACGAGGACGACAUCACAGAUGCUUCACCCUAUAAUGACGACUACAACACAUCUAAGUUGCAUGGCUUAGGCAUCAAUGUCGACAGAGAUACUGAAGAGAAUUCGAAGAUGGAUGCCGAUAUGAAGAAGGGUCCCUCUGUUGGGGAGCAUGAAUUACCAAUUUGGAGUCCUAGAUCUGCGGUCAAGGCCUCAGCAUUCAGUUCGCAGAGUAGCUUUCCGCAGGGCACGGCGUAUGAGCCUGAUACACAGCGUCUGCGCAACCGUCGCAGCUUUGCAGAGUCGUUGAAGGCAGUCUAUAAUGAUUUCGGACCGACGGAUACUUGUGCUGCUCACCAACACUUUCACCACAAUCGCAGGAACUGGCUCUCUGUGACGAUACUGGUGCUGGCUUUCUACUCUACGGUCAUGUCUGGAAUCUUUCUCAUCCUGGCCAUUCGUGGACCGCGAUACAACUGGAUUCGCAAAGGCGGAAACAUGACACCGUACAUUGCAGAUCUACUCACAGCGUUGUUUGCCAAAACAAUCGAAUUGUCGUUUGCAACGGUGUUUGUCUCCUUUCUCGGACAAGUGCUUUCACGCAGAGCGUUCAUGAAGAAUCAAGGCCGCGGCAUCACGCUUGCUGAGAUGGAUAUGCGGAGUUGGGUUAUGCAACCCGGAACCAUGAUUACGCACUUCGAAGCCCUCAAGUCUAGCAUUUUGUCUUUUCUGGGUGUGCUUUCGCUGGUUGCUGCUGUGGUGGCUAUGCUCUACACUACAGCGUCUGAAUCUCUGGUACAGCCAUAUCUUCGCUACGGACCCUGGGAACGAGGUUCGAUGCAAGGACUAGUCAAAACCAUCUUCGCCAAUCCAAAGUAUCUGGGGAUAAACUGUGCAACACCAAUUGCAGCCACGCAGGAUGAGCUUGCGGGUAGUACCUGUCUCCAGAUUCAAUAUGCUGCGCACAGCUAUUACAACUACCAACGCUACAUCUCUGACUGGUCAACUAUUUCGAGAAACGGUAAUGGAUCAAGCGAUCCUGUUCAUCGACCCAAGGGCUUUGCGAUGAUAUAUGAGAAUACUACCGUCACGGCUCCUUGGAUUGACUUGGAGUACAGCAAUGUCACGGCAAAUUCGGAGAAACAUCAGAGGAUCGUCAACAAUGUGACGCUGGCAUUGCCGCAUUCUGGUGUGCCCGGAGCAGCCUGGGACUCGGUCAAUAACAUUUUACAGCCAGAGGGUGUGUAUCAGCUUCAAGCUUCUGUCCCAUCUCCAGCAGUCAAUGUUCUGUGUGCACAAAUGACAAAAGAAGAGCUCUCGCCAAUCGUAUACACAGAAUGGAAUAACAACACUCUGAACACUACACAAUGGCCCACUGGAGCACAACUAGCUUUUUAUCAACCCGGCAAUGUACCCAACGGUACCUACCUCAACAAAACAGUCGUCGACGACAUCUUCGAAUGGGGAGAAAAAUAUCAGACGUCGCCCNCCGUAUUCGCCAAACUACCCAUAAGCUACAACACCAUAAUGAACCACACCGGCGUGUAUGGAAGAAAAGCAAUCUACCUAUUAGGAAGAGAUGCAACAGACAACUAUGCUCUCUGCUCUCUAAAAGUGUUCCAGACGCCUNUUUGCUCCACUGAAUACAAUGCUUCAGUGGUGGGAGCAAGUCUAGAAGCCAAAUGCUCCAAUGGAAAGGACGCAGCAUUGACAAACUCGAUGCGAUUCAUCGACAGCAUAACAAACGCCACCUCAGGAAACGACACCGUUAGUCUAGAUUGGCCCAGCAUCGGCACCGAAUGGUCAAAUUCUCUAUCCCUCAACGACGGAAUUUUGGACGGUCAAGCCGCCAACGCACGCUUACUUACCGAGCUGAUUGUCUCUGGCCCCUCAUUGCCUUUGGAUCGCCCUUCCAUUGCUGAAGCUCUAGCUGUACUUGCUUCCUCCACUCUACUCAUGUCCUGGCAAGAUGCCCCCUUCACCCAAUUCUGGAAUUACUCCUCUGUAUCUUUGUCGCCCGGACAAUACCAAUACUUCAACGCCACUCUGCGAGCCCAGGAAUAUGCUUCGGGUGGUAAUGGCCAACAAGCACCUCACGCUUUCUUUGUCGUGCUGUUUGCCAUCUUCGUGAUCAACAUCAUUUGCCUUGUGUACUUUGUCUCGCAAAAUGGACUCGUUACUGAUUUUUCGGAACCGCUGAAUUUGUUUUCGUUGGCGGUCAAUUCGCCGCCGAGUGAUUUGAUGGCGGNNGGGGCUUGUGGGGGUGGGCCGAGGNGGGAACAGUAUAGGGGAUGUUGGUUUGUUAAUGCGGCGGGGGAGCAUUUGUUUAUGGAGAACAAGGUAGAUGGCAGGGAGGUGGGGCAUGAGGAUGUGAGGAAUUUGCAGGGGCAUGGGUUGGGAGUCGGCGGAUUGAGUCCGUUGAGUCCCAUGAGAGCGGCUUAUGAGAAGAUGAGUCGUAGGAAGAGUUGGUUCUAA